GCAGGGCUCUGCUGGGAAUAUCAAAUCAGCUGAGAUAAUUAUAAUAAUUCCUCCUAUUGAGAAUAUGCUGUUUUUGCGAUUAGAUAUUUGUAAUUUAUUUUACCUGUGAUAAUGCUUAAUUUUUAAUAUUUUCAUACUGAUGUCGAAACAAUGGGAAAAACAAACGUCCAGAAAAUUAUUUGGUUUAUAAUAUUAAUAACAUUGUGUCAACUUGUGUUUGGCUUUUUAGGAGAAGGACAUCAUCCACCUUUAAAUAAUAUUGUAACCACUCAAGAUAUUAUUGCUGGAGACGUUUUCUUUGAAAUAACCGAACCUUUUUCAUUGGAAUACACAUAUAGAUUACGACCAGCUAAGAAUUUCGGAACUUCAUUUUCGAAACAAUUAGAGGGAGUUGCAUUAGUACCUACAAUUCCAUCGCAUGGAUGUAUAAAACUUGAAAAUAAUCAUGCUGUACGCGGUAAUGUGGCUCUAAUUGACCGUGGGCAGUGUUCAUUUUUGACCAAAACCAUCAAUGCUGAAGAUGCUGGAGCCAGAGCUGCUAUCAUCACAGAGUUUAACAGCGAAUCAAGUGAAUUUGAUUAUUAUAUAGAAAUGAUACAUGACGAAACAAAUCGUGAUGCUCAAAUUCCCGCAGGAUACUUACUUGGCAGCAACGGUGUAGCUAUACGAAAUACUUUGCGCCGAUUAAAAAGAACUUAUGCUCGCAUAAACUUGCCCGUUAAUUUAACGUUUGUUCCACCAUCAAGAAUAAAUCAUCCUCCUUGGUUAGGUUGGUAAAAAAAUUUAACGACAAAAAAUUUGUAAACUAAAGCUUGCAACCAAAGUGACUUCAUGUUUUCUAUUUAUGAAAAUAUUUGUUUAAAUUAAAAAUUAAUCUAUUUAAAUGUGUAACUGUCUGUAUAAAAUAAGUACAAACCAAAAAAAAUUGUUUUUAUAGUAAAUCAUAAUUAAAAAUGAUGGUGAGAAAACUUACAACAAUUA